AUGUGCUCGGGGACAGUGCCGUUUCAUGAUCUGGACAAGGAUGACGCACUCACGCCAGAGGAAGUGAGACGGGCGCUGCUCCACUCAAAGAUCGACAUUGUGGACGCAGCGGGAAACGAUCUCGUGGACGAUGCUCUUGCAUACGAUGACAAAGACAAGGACGGAAUGCUUUCGCUCGAGGAGUUCCUGCUUUCUCAGAAGACGAACAUGAGCGGCCUCAAGAGUCUCGGAAACUUAGAGUUGUGACGUGUCUAUAGUUACGCAGGCCAUUUUUCUGUCAGCAUCGGACAUUCCAGGGUUAACAGACGUUGUUGAUAUCUUUAAGGUCUUAAGAAAACCUCACAUUGAUCUUGGCGUUACAUGUUAUAAUGGAAAGGAGCAUGAACACUAAAGAUCUCUA